UGGACGAUUCGGCUAUGUAAGUUUUUUUCAGCAUUGUUACGGUUUUUUUUUUAUUUUUUCGUAUUCAAGGUCCAACGGGGCUAUCAUUUCGGUGAUGUAGCAAUUAAAUUCCUCAAUAUGGACCAUAUAGAAGAGUCCAGACGAUUGGAUGAGUUCAAAUCUGAGGUUGCGGCUCAUAAGAAUACCCGACACGAUAACAUAGUAUUAUUCCUUGGUUAUUGUCUUGAAGCAGACAAAUAUGGUAUUGUGAUGAGUUAUUGCAAGGGACCAUCGUUAUACUAUCUUUUACAUGAAAAGAGUGAACCACUAGAUAUAGGAGCUGCACUUGUGAUUGCAACGCAAAUCUGUCAGGGUGUCUCAUAUCUUCAUCAAAAAAAGAUACUUCAUAAAGAUCUCCGUUCAAAGAAUAUCUUUAUUGAAAGUAAGAAUAAAGUUGUAAUAACCGACUUUGGACUCUUCAGUAUGAAACGACUAAGUUAUCCACAGAGGGAUUACUGUAUUUGGACACCAUCUCAUUGGCUCUCAUAUCUGGCUCCGGAGCUAAUUCGAGCAAUUAGUGAGGACUGUGGCGAACUACCGUUUUCUGAAAGUACGGACGUGUUCUCGUUCAGUACCAUUUGGUUCGAACUGCUAACCUCCACUUUCCCUUUUGCCGGAGAAUGUCCAGAU